AUGAAGUUGUGCAGCAUGAACGGGCCAAGUGAAUCAGAAGUCGAAAGUCUACUGAUGAGUCCCUGCUGGGGACCAACGCAGACGAGCAGUCAGGAUCAGUAUCUGCUGGACGGACACAAGCUGUUGCUGGAGCACGAUCUGGACUCGCUGCCAAGCGACACGGAUCAGAAGAACUCGCUCGAUGUGCUCGACAAUCUGCUGUUGAAUAGCUCAUCGCUGAAUGCGUUGUCGGAUCUAAAGCCGUUGCCACCAUUCACCGGCUACACGGGUCAUCUGUCGAUCAAUGGAAUAUCGGGGCAUCAUUAUCAUGCGAUUGCACAGCGGCUGCCGGAUGAGAGCAAUAACAACUACAUGCAGAGCGCAUACCAGCAACAUCAUCAUCAUCAGCAGCAGCAGCACAAUCCCACAUCCACAACGGCAACAACAUGCAGCGGGACGGGUGGCGGCGGCGGCGGAGGAGGAGGUGGUGGUGGAGGCGGUGGCGGUGGCUCCUCGCAAGAGCACAACAUAGUAUCAUCAUCAACCUGCCUGCCCGAGAGCGUGCUCAGCGCGGAUGCGGAUGCGUGUCUCAGCGAUGUGAAGCUCUUCUCCGAUAGUCAGUUAGAUUCUAAGCUUUACUCCGUAGCGGACAGCUGUGUUAUGAAUGCCCCCGGCACCGGUGGCAAUGGUGGCUCCUCCUCCCUCGCCAGCAGUGGCUCAACACUCACGCCCAUUGACCAAGUGGCGGAUUCACUGCAUGGCAGCGGUGUUCGCAUCUACAAGGAUCUAACCGAGUACGUGGACAUGAACAGCAUUGAUGAUAUUGCCGCGAUCAUUGGAUCGGCAAUAGCGGACACCACCGUCUCCAAUCAGCUGGACAAGGAGGAGGGCAACGAUACGCGGGAUAGCUGGAUGGAUCUGGAUGCCUGGAUCGAUGGCAAUUGCAUACAGCCGGAGGGCAAGGUGCUUGUCUCGCAGCAGGAUACGCUUAGCGACUUCAUGCUGCCACACUCGCCGCUGCCGGUGCACGCGAGCAGCUCCACGUUGCAGAGUCUCCUCAGCCAUGGCUAUAUGCCGCUGCUGCAGAAUCGCCUGCAGCAUGGUCCGCCUGGUGCGGGCUCCGUUGGCAUGGGCAAUGGCAAUGGAUCCUCGACGACGACGACAACGCUGAAGAGCGAGACGCCCAGUUCUACCUCAUACUGCAACGAGUUGUCGGCGGCCAGCAGCAGCUGCAGUCCGCCCGGCUCAGUAGUCAGCACCACGGACAAUAAUCUGAUGAUCAAUCCGCGUUACCUGACCAACAACAACAAUGCCAGCCACCAGCAGCAACAACAGCAGCAACAACAGCAACAGCAGCAGCAACAACAACAGGCGUAUCAGCUGACGCCCAAUGGCAGCCUGUCUGGCACAGGACUCAAGGACAAUGGACUGUGUAGUCCGGACAUGCUGAGCAGCUAUCCGCACACGACAAGCACAACAACAGCGUCGAGUGGCACGCCCAAAGCGAAGCGCUCCAGGUCGCAAAAGAAGUCAAGCCAACAGCAGCAGCAGCAGCAACAACAACAGGCGGGACAGGUCGAUGUGGGAGGACCUCAGCUGAGUGCAAUGUCGCCAUCGGGCGUGGCCAGUUUCAGUGCCAGCGAUCUGAGCGGUCUGCUCGGCAAAGAGAAGCCCGUGCAUCGGUGCAGCAUCUGUAAUCGGGGUUUCCUUAACAAGUCAAAUAUCAAGGUGCAUCUGCGUACGCACACGGGGGAGAAACCCUUCCGUUGUGACGUCUGUGCCAAGGCGUUUCGCCAGAAGGCGCACUUGCUCAAACAUCAACAGAUACAUAAGAGAAUUGGGCGUGACUGA